GGUACAUUGGGAUCCCCGCCAAGCCACUAGCUCAGCCGAAUCCCUGUUUUACCCGGAAAAAAACAAUAGAUUGAUGGCCAACCCGCUCAUCUUCAGAUGGCUGGUACAAUGCAGCUUCAACUGCGCCCGGCGCCCGGACCCCGCCCCCCACCGGACCUAGCCAAAUUUCUUCCCUGCAAGGCUGCAAUUGAAGUCAUCGCCAAAUCCACCAAAUCCACCAAAAACAUCACCACAAUACCGUCAAUUGAGCCACAACAACAGCAGCGCCAUUUUAUCGCUGCGCAAGUAGGUGCAUCGCUUCAUAUUCAAUUAGCGAAGCUAACUAGCAAUAGAAUGGCCUCGCGCGCCGAUUCUCCCGACGACGGGGACCCUUUUUACCUGACACCCGACCUACCUGCACCCGCGCCCGCGCUCGAGACCGAGUCCCGGCAGACGGACCUCCCGCCCGAACACGACCUCCUCAACAACAAAUAUGAAUCUAUCGACACAUUGAUGCUUGAGCUUCAAGCCUGGGCCAACGAACAGGGCUUUUCCGUCAAGAAAGCGCGUGCCUGUAACUACAUUAAGGACCUCGGACCCUCACGAGUCGAUAUUUCCUGCCUUUCAGGAUAAAUUGCGAGCCUCAGAGGCACAUUCUCGCAAGACGGACACCACAAAGCGCGACUGCUGCUUCAAGGCAGUUGCAAGGGCUUUGGCUGUCAACAACAGACAAUAGACCCGACAAAUGAAGGAAGCAGGGUACACACAUCGUCUCGCGCAACGCAAAGUCGAUCUACUUCUUCCCCGCCGGGGGUUUACCGCCGAAGAGAAG